AUGGCUCCUCUUGUAUGGUUCAUCACUGGAGCAAAUGCCGGUUUCGGUCUUACCUUAGCCAAUCUAGCUCUUUCCAAGGGCGAUACAGUCGUGGCAACUGCCCGAAGCCUCUCAAAGUUUCCCGAGUCUCUCACAAAGAACCCCAAUGCCGACUUGGUAGAAACAGAAGUCACCGCACCAGCUGCCAACAUUACCGCGCUAGUCAACGCUGCCGCUGCCAAACACGGAAGAAUCGAUGUACUUGUAAACAAUGCAGGUUUUGGACAUUUCGGCGCCGUUGAGGAAGUUUCCGAUGAAGAAGCUCGUUACCAAAUUGAUGUCAACUUCUUCGGCGUGCUCAACUUCACAAGAGCGGUUAUCCCACACAUGAGAAAACAAAAGUCCGGCGUCAUUGUACAACUUUCUAGCGGCGUGGGCAUUCUCGGCCCUCAAGGAGCCCCGCUUUAUUCAGCUUCCAAAUUCGCGGUUGAGGGUCUGAGCGAGUCCCUGGCAAUAGAGCUGAAACCUUUUGGCAUUCGCGUUCACAUUGUUGAGCCUGGCGUUUUCCGAACCGACUUCUUGAAAUCUAUCUCCCAAGGCCAGAAUGUGAGCCGCCACCUGGAAGGAUAUGCGGAUUUGGGGGGGAUGCUCACUGGAAUGCAUGGAAAGCAGCCGGGCAAUGCGGAGCUUGGCAUCCAACGCCUGUAUGAGAUCGCGACUGGAACAGGAAUGGCCGCUGGCCUAGAGGAUCAACUUCGAUUUCCUCUAGGAUCAGACUGUUACUCCAUGCUGGAGGCGAAAAUUAAGAUGCUCAAUGAAACGGCAGAAAAAGGCAAGUCCAUUGCACAGAGCACGGAUUAUUAA